GAACAUUUGGGACUUGGGCACUUGGACAAUAAAGAGUCCAGCCCAAUGGAAGCAGUCUGAUUCAGAUAACUGUGGGGUAUUUGUUUGCACAAUGGCCGAACUGGAAGUUAGAAGAAUCAAAGCUGCAAAUGAGACUCUGUUUCAAAAACAGUGACUUCACCUGCGUAGAUAUCAUGCAGCUGCAUUAGCAGCAGAAGCUGUUCUGCCAAGACUCGCAACACAUGAUACAGAUUGCUUGGCUAGCAAAAUUUAUGCAUGCACGUAGCAGAGCUUGACUGGACAUAGAGCAGAGAGAUCCCUAUAUCCAGAUGUUUCUAAAUUCACCUGGGUACAGUGUGAAGUCUGAAAAGUGGUUACAUUGUACAUUGAUUGUGCUGGUGUACAGCAAGAAGACCUCCUGAACAAAAGCUUUAAAUGUGGAUGCGACAAACCUUACCCUUACCCACAUACAAAAAAGGUGUGGGAGGCUUGAUCAGUGAUGAAGACAUCCAGGAGUUACAUAGGCAAUUGUCCAGUGGUGCAAAGAAGUCAGCAGGAAUGUUCCUUUGGAGCCAUCCCAACAAGUGUAUGAAGCUCCGGACCACACUUAGGCCUAGACUGCCCAAAUUUAGCACUGAACGGAUUCAUGAGCUGUAUGAAAAAAUUCAGACAGCUUUGUGCUUGGACAAAAAAGACCUCAGAAGUGUUGUCUUUAUUCUAGAUGUUAUGCUGCCAGGGGUGACUCUAGAAAUACUGUGCAAACAUGAAGGCUUUCACCGAUACCAAGGAGAGAUGUCUCUUGCUACUUCAGUGAGAACUGAAGCCGUUUGCCUUUUUUGGGAGUCCAGUAAGGAGGCCGUUACAGUAAUCAGUCCUGCUAGAACUAAUGACAUGGAUGGAUUUUUCCAGACCUGGCUCCUGUAAAGAGGAGAUAAAAUUCCAGAAUAGACCAGCCACAAAGCCUAUGUCCCCAUCUGACUUUCUUGACAAGCUGAUGGGAAGAACCUCUGGUUAUGACGCACGCAUUAGACCCAACUUUAAAGGUCCACCGGUAAAUGUCACCUGUAACAUUUUCAUCAACAGUUUUGGAUCCAUUACAGAAACAACAAUGGACUACAGGCUUAAUGUGUUUCUGCGUCAACAGUGGAAUGACCCUCGACUGGCUUACAGCGAGUAUCCCGACACAUCUCUGGAUCUGGACCCCUCUAUGCUGGACUCUAUAUGGAAACCUGAUCUCUUCUUUGCCAACGAGAAGGGUGCAAACUUCCACGAAGUCACUACAGACAACAAGCUACUACGGAUCUUCCAGAAUGGAAAUGUACUGUAUAGCAUCAGGCUAACACUUAUAUUGUCCUGCCCAAUGGACUUGAAGAAUUUUCCAAUGGACAUUCAGACCUGUACGAUGCAGUUGGAGAGCUUUGGCUACACCAUGAAUGACGUGAUUUUCAAGUGGCUUUCUGAGAGUCCUGUUCAGGUGGCAGAUGAUUUGAUGCUCCCACAGUUUGUGCUGAAGGAGGAGAAGGAUCUUAGAUACUGUACUAAAUACUACAAUACAGGUAAAUUCACCUGCAUUGAAGUAAGAUUUCACUUAGAGAGACAGAUGGGAUACUACCUCAUCCAAAUGUACAUUCCUAGUCUGCUGAUCGUCAUAUUGUCCUGGGUUUCAUUCUGGAUUAACAUGGAUGCUGCUCCAGCAAGAGUGGGGCUUGGAAUUACCACUGUGCUCACUAUGACCACCCAAAGCUCAGGCUCAAGGGCCUCUCUACCCAAGGUUUCCUAUGUAAAAGCCAUUGACAUCUGGAUGGCCGUCUGCUUGCUGUUUGUGUUUGCUGCGCUGCUGGAGUAUGCAGCAGUCAAUUUUGUUUCACGGCAGCACACGGAGUUCAUCAGACUGCGUAAGAGGCAGCGGAGACAGAGAAUUGAAAAGGAGAUGGUCCAGGAGAGCCGUGGUCUUUAUUUUCAUGGUUAUGGGUUUGGCCAUUGUCUACAGACAAAUGACAGGAAAACUGUAGAAGGACACACCAUGUUUGCCUCUCCUCUUCCAGCAGAGGUUCUGAAUGACGGCUGUUUUGAUGGGCCUGCUGCUGAUACAUCCUCUUUUGCUGUUGGUUGGUUCUCCACCCAGUGACUGAAUCUGCAUAUGAC